AUGUCGUGGCAAUCAUACAUCGAUGACCAUCUCAUGUGCGAUGUUGAAGGCAACCACCUCACCUCCGCCGCCAUCCUCGGCCAAGACGGCAGCGUCUGGGCCCAGAGCUCUAAUUUCCCUCAGGUGAAGCCUGAAGAGGUAGAAGGAAUCAUGAAGGACUUUAACGAACCAGGACAUCUCGCCCCAACCGGGCUAUUUCUUGGCGGAGCAAAGUACAUGGUUGUUCAAGGCGAGGGAGGAGCUGUCAUCAGAGGGAAAAAGGGACCUGGUGGAGUCACUAUCAAGAAGACAACUCAAGCUCUAGUCUUUGGUAUCUACGAUGAACCGAUGACCGGAGGACAAUGCAACUUGGUGGUGGAGAGGCUUGGUGAUUACCUUAUUGAGUCUGAUCUCUAA